CCACAGAAAACGGACAAGAGAGAACGCCAGAGGGAUAUAGUGCGUUAGUUGCAGCAGGGAUAAAGCCGAAUCAGAGCAGCACGAAACGGACUGCAGACGCGGUAUGCGGCGGACGCCUACUCGCCCCCCCUCUAGCAAAGAUCCGUCACUUACCAGGCCCCUUAGUGGGAUGAAGACACAAACCGAUGCGAACCGAUUGCAACCGAAGCCAAUAAAGGCGCUGCGUCCGACUCCCCGUGUGUGCUGGAAAACGAGGGCUCCGGAGCUCAACCGGGCAGAGGCGGCAUGCGCACACACGCACCGAGCCACGGGCAGAGAGGGAGAAGCACCGAGAGGGAAGCAGAAGCAAAGCGGAGAGAGAGGGUAUGUUAGUCGCAGUAGAAAAAACAGCCGACUCGAAGCAGCACGAAACGGACUGCAGACGCUCGAUGCGCGGACGCCUACUCGCCCCCCCUCUAGCUUAGACGCGCCACUGCUGCAGCACGGCUAUAACAACCGAUGACUCGUCCGAAGCAGCAGCAUUCCGAGCUCGCGGAGUCGGCGAGUUGCGCGAGAGAGACGUUGGAACGUGACAUGCGACGGAGUGAACUAAUGGAGGCGGAGAGCACGGCUAUUGGGGAGGCGGAGUGCACGGCUACUGGGGAGCCGGAGAUGGAGCAGCAGCAGCGCUUGAGAUGCACGGAGAUGGUGAAAAGUGAGAGGCUAGGCGCUAGAAUGUGGGGAGAGCAGUCGGAAAUGUGGGAUAGCGGUGGGUAACUGUGGUUCACUCGAACCUCUGCUUCG